UUACCUUUUUUAGAAAUGUUAUAAUUUCAAUUAACUUGUUGAAAUUAAACGUUAAUUUGAAAGAAAUGCCUAAAUCACAUAUACAGAGGAUUUAACCUUUAAUGUUUUCAUAAUAAAGCAACUGGUUGUAAACUAGUUUUUCUUAGGUUCCAUAUCCUUUUUUGCCCCUUUUCCUAUACCUUGAUCCAUCCAGGUAUCCACUUUUAUCAACUACCUCUAAUUGGAAGAAACAAAGUCACAUUGCUAGUGUGAGUAGCUUCAGACUUUCCUAGCAUCUUACAUUUGGGGGGGAAAGGUACAUACCAAAUUACAAAGGCUAUUAAAUCUGAAGGACUCUUGUCUCCCAAUGGUGGUGUUUCAAGCACUGUGGUAUCUAGAUUGGGUGUGGCGGGGGACACAGGUUGAGGAGGGGCAGAGGUAGAGGAGGUAUUUCACACCAGGCAAAUAUGUACAAAAGAUUGUCCCUAAUGUGAUAAAGCUCCUCACUGGGACUACUUUGUUCAGUUCCUAGAACUUCAUUGUUAAGUAUGACAAUAUUAUUAUUUUUUAUAGUGUAAGACCGUGUAAUAAAGCAUACUUAAGCACAUAUGCCUCAUUCAUCAUUUGUAUGUAUAAACAUUGAGAUUCCUAUUGCUUUUAAUAGUCUGUAUUCUCUUGGAGAAGAAAGAUAGAACAACUCUCUUAACUGCUUCUAGAUUAUAGUUCUGGUAUUUUUUUCUUUUCUCAAAGCCUGUAAUUAUAUCUCUCGAUUAAUAUUUUGGAAUUGGAAAAAUCUUAUUUAUCCUUUGUUCCUUUGUACUAUUGCUAAGUUAUAUCUGUUUCUCUGAAGACAAAUUUCCAAAUUAACUGCAACUCUUCUCUGUUCUUAUUGAAAAGAGCCUUUCUACAAAGAAGUAAAAGAUCUUUCUUUUUUUUCUUAUCUCUCUACCUUUGAAAUAACUAGUUUUAGUUUCUCUUGAACAAAGUGGCUAACUGUGAUAAUUCCUUCUUUUCUCCCACAUGAUGUCUGACACUGUCCAUCUCCUGUAGCCUGUCCUCCAUUAUUUUAGUGUGCUUCCUUCUCUUGUCUGGAUUUCUGCAUUGCCCUAGGAAGUCUGCCAGUAUGUGUUGAUGAAGGACGGGACAGGAAAGAAUGCUCUUUUCAGUUGCAUUAGCAGAAAUGAAAUGGGCUCAGUUUGUUGCAGUUAUGCAGGCCAUCACACAAACUGCCGAGAAUACUGUCAAGCCAUUUUUCGAACAGACUCUUCUCCUGGUCCUUCUCAGAUCAAAGCAGUGGAAAAUUAUUGUGCCUCUAUUAGUCCACAAUUAAUACACUGUGUAAACAAUUAUACCCAAUCUUAUCCAAUGAGGAACCCAACAGAUAGUUUAUAUUGCUGUGACAGAGCUGAAGAUCAUGCUUGCCAAAAUGCCUGCAAGAGAAUUCUGAUGUCUAAGAAAACAGAAAUGGAGAUUGUUGAUGGCCUCAUCGAGGGUUGUAAGACCCAGCCUUUGCCUCAGGAUCCACUUUGGCAGUGUUUUCUUGAAAGCUCACAAUCUGUUCACCCUGGAGUCACUGUACACCCUCCUCCCUCUACAGGCCUUGAUGGCGCUAAAUUGCACUGUUGUUCUAAAGCAAACACUUCAACGUGUAGGGAACUGUGCACUAAACUUUAUAGCAUGAGCUGGGGCAAUACACAGAGUUGGCAAGAGUUUGAUCGCUUUUGUGAAUAUAAUCCAGUGGAAGUGUCCAUGUUGACCUGUUUAGCAGAUGUUCGGGAACCUUGCCAGUUGGGCUGUAGAAAUCUUACUUACUGUACUAAUUUUAACAACAGACCAACAGAACUUUUCAGGAGUUGCAAUGCUCAGUCAGAUCAAGGAGCCAUGAAUGACAUGAAGCUGUGGGAGAAAGGAAGCAUAAAGAUGCCAUUUAUCAACAUACCUGUUCUUGACAUUAAAAAGUGCCAGCCAGAAAUGUGGAAAGCAAUAGCUUGUUCACUGCAGAUUAAACCUUGUCAUAGUAAAUCCCGGGGAAGUAUUAUUUGCAAAUCAGAUUGUGUGGAGAUUCUGAAGAAAUGUGGGGACCAGAACAAAUUCCCUGAAGACCACACAGCUGAAAGUAUUUGUGAGCUUCUGUCACCUACAGAUGACCUGGAGAACUGUAUACCUUUGGAUACAUAUCUCAGACCAAGUACUUUGGGUAACAUUGUAGAAGAAGUGACUCAUCCCUGUAACCCAAAUCCUUGCCCCGCUAAUGAGCUCUGUGAGGUAAACCGGAAAGGGUGUCCAUCUGGUGAUCCCUGCCUUCCAUACUCUUGUGUUCAAGGUUGCAAAUUGGGCGAAGCAUCUGAUUUUAUUGUCCGUCAGGGGACACUGAUCCAAGUGCCAUCAUCUGCAGGGGAAGUUGGUUGUUAUAAAAUUUGCUCAUGUGGGCAAAGUGGACUCUUAGAAAACUGUAUAGAGAUGCACUGUAUAGACCUUCAGAAGUCUUGUAUUGUUGGAGGAAAAAGAAAAAGUCAUGGAACUUCUUUUAAUAUUGACUGCAAUAUCUGUUCUUGUUUUGCUGGUAAUUUGGUGUGUUCUACCCGCCUGUGUCUCAGUGAGCACAGCUCAGAAGAUGACCGUCGUACCUUCACAGGUCUGCCCUGUAACUGUGCAGAUCAGUUUGUCCCUGUGUGUGGGCAGAAUGGACGCACUUACCCCAGUGCCUGCAUUGCUCGCUGUGUGGGCCUCCAAGACCAUCAGUUUGAGUUUGGAUCAUGCAUCUCAAAGGAUCCAUGUACUCCUAACCCCUGCCCAAAAAACCAAAGAUGCAUACCCAAACCACAAGUCUGCCUGACAACUUUUGAUAAAUUUGGAUGUAGCCAAUAUGAGUGUUUGCCAAGACAGCUCACCUGUGACCAGGUCCGAGAUCCUGUUUGUGAUACAAACCACAUGGAGCACAGCAAUCUCUGCACUUUGUACCAGAGGGGGAAGAGCCUCUUAUACAAAGGCCCAUGCCAGCCCUUCUGCAGAGCCCCAGAGCCCAUUUGCGGGCACAACGGGGAGACCUACAGUAGCGUGUGUGCUGCCUACUCGGACCGGGUGGCGGUCGAUUACUAUGGGCCCUGCCAGGCCGUCGGGGUCCUCUCUGAGCACAGUUCUGUCACUGAGUGUGCUGCUGUGAAGUGUCCUUCGCUCUCAGCGACCGAAUGCAAACCCAUCAUCCCACCUGGUGCUUGUUGCCCGUUAUGUGCUGGGAUGUUAAGAGUUUUAUUUGACAAAGAAAAACUGGAUACUAUUGCUAAGGUGGCAAACAAAAAGCCAAUAACCGUUCUGGAAAUACUUCAGAAGAUCCGCAUGCAUGUGUCUGUCCCACAGUGUGACGUAUUUGGAUACUUCAGCAUCGAAUCAGAAAUUGUGAUCCUGAUCAUUCCUGUGGAUCAUUAUCCAAAAGCUUUGCAGAUUGAGGCUUGCAAUAAGGAAGCAGAGAAGAUCGAAUCCCUUAUCAACUCCGACAGCCCUACUCUGGCGGCCCACGUCCCUCUGUCCGCCCUCAUCAUUUCUCAGGUGCAGGUCUCCAGCAGUGUGCUUUCGGCCGCUGCCAGGGCCCAGCCUCCCUGCCACUCCCACCUCUUCCUCCUCAUCCUGGGUCUCGCCUUGCAUAGGGUCUGGACACACAACUGACUGCCCAUGAAAAGUGCAAAAUAUUCCUCGAUCUAAUCUUUCUACUUUGGAAAAGACGUACAGGACUGCUGGUUUAUAGUUGAAUAGUGGCCAAGUCAAAGCACUUGUCACCUCUAACCUCUAUGCACCACACAGUAUUUAUAAUCAUCAGUGUUAGUAAGGGUUUUGUUUUGUUUCUACAAAUGUUACAAUACGUUCUUCCAAAUACUAAUGAAAAGAGGAUGUCUCCUUCUGGCAGAUCACUGCCUUACAAUUUACAUUUUGCUCAUUAGAUGGGUCCCCCACUCUAAAACAAAUUCUAUAUCAUUGGUAAAUGAGAUGAUCACAUUGUAGAAAUAUAACUCACUUUACUGUGGGCUUCGUAUCACAAAAACUUCAUUUCCAAGUUCUUUUUAGUAUUAAAGUGCCCCUAGAGUGUGUGUUUGUUUACAAAUAUUCCCUACUCUGUCUAGAAGUGAGGGGUCAGAGCAAAGAGCCACUGCUAUUAGAGUAUGAAAUAAAGAUAAGGCAUCUUUGGAAUUAUCAUAUAAAUCAUCAGGCAAAUUUAAUUUACAGAAAUCUAAUUCAGGAAUCCAUUUAAUGUGGUAAGCAAAAGCAAGCUAAGUAAAUGGCACUCAUAUAAUAUAUUGUAAGUGACAGUCUCAGUGGUUCCUAAUGUGUGUCUGUGACUUUUGUGAAAGGGAGAAGUUAUAUCCCAUCAAGGCGACUUGUAUUAUGCAUUUUUAUAUUAACCAGAUGUAUAUUCUUUGGUAUCAUCCAAGUUAAAUUUAGAGUUUUUAAAGAUCGACCUUUAAACCAAUUGCUGCUACUUAUGUAAUUGCCAAAAAGUGAAAUAAUUAGUAGUUCGUGUAAAUAAUACAUGAUUUUUCUAUUUUAUUAUGAAGGUGAAUAGCCAUAUUUGUAAAAUGACAAUCAUGUGUGUUAACCCAGUACUUUCCGUUCAUGAAGACACAUUUGCUUUUUGUGAUAUGCACAGUGUAGAUAAGUGUUCUGUUUGACUUUCUUUUUUGAUAUAGAAUUAUAAAGAAUUGUGGUUUAUAUAUUUAAAAGUGUCAAUCUAAGUUUGAAAAUGUUUGCAUGUUGUCUAAGAAAUUGAAUACUUUGAAUGUGUUUCACAGUUUGAAAUAAGCUAUUCAGUGUAAUACUUCUUGUUUAUAUGCACCUAAGCUUAGAUUUUACAUGAAGUGUUUUUUUCAGUGUUAUAUGUACCUUCUGAAAAAUAUAGGGAUAUGCAUAUUAUACCAAAAUGUUGUUUAAAAGUGGGCACUUAGGGCUUCCCUGGUGGCGCAGUGGUUGAGAGUCCGCCUGCCGAUGCAGGGGACACGGGUUUGUGCCCCGGUCCAGGAAGAUCCCACA